AUGUCGUCGAUAUCGGCCCAGGGGGUGGUGGAGCGCGCCUCGGCGGAGCUCUCCAAACGCAUCAACGGCCUGGGCCUCCGCGGCAGCAAGCACCACUCGACCAAAGGGGGCAGCGUCAUGGAGCGCGUCACCAACGUGUUUUGCGGCGGCGGCGGCGGCGGGAGCGCGGCGGCCGUGGCCGCCCCCGAGAAGCCCUCGCGGCUGUUGCCCGGCCGCGGGGGCCCCAAGCCGGGCCGCCGCCCCCGGCCGCCCCCGACCUACAUGCCCUGGGAGCAGCUGGUGGUCGACGACAAGUUCCUCGCCAGGUUUUUCCUGUAUUUCAGUCCGUGCGAGCGGUGCGUGCUGGCGCAGGUGUGCACUAGGUGGAGGGACGUGUUGUACAGGUCGCCGAGGUUUUGGACGGGGCUGGUGCCCGUGCUGCAGUGCCGGGAGAUGAGGGCGGCGCAAGGGAACGAGCGCUCCAGGUUGUACUCGUCGCUGCUGAGGAGGGGGUUUCAUAAUUUGUGUCUGAUGGGGGCUUCCGAUGAAGAUGCGCUCGAUCUUAUUAAUUCGUUUCCGUUAGCUUCGAAACAUAUACAUACGUUGAGUUUGAGGUGUUCGAGCAUCACCGAUCGGGGACUCGAGUCGCUGCUUGACCAUCUGCAGGCGCUCUACGAAUUGGAACUAGCAGGCUGUAAUGAAAUAACGGAGGCUGGUUUAUGGGCCUGUCUGAAUCCUAGAAUCGUCUCUUUGACACUAAGUGACUGUAUAAAUGUUGCCGAUGAAGCUGUAGGCGCUGUGGCUCAACUCCUCCCUGCAUUGUACGAAUUCUCCCUCCAGGCCUACCAUGUCACGGACGCCGCUUUAGGUUACUUUUCGCCAAAACAAAGCAACUCACUCAAUAUCCUCAGACUGCACUCGUGUUGGGAAAUCACCAAUCACGGAGUUGUAAAUAUUGUUCAUUCUCUCCCGAAUCUAACGGUCCUCAGCCUCUCCGGAUGCAGCAAAAUCACCGACGACGGCGUCGAACUCAUAGCUGAGAAUUUACAAAAAUUGAGAUCGCUCGACUUGUCGUGGUGUCCUCGAAUCACCGAUGCUGCCUUGGAGUAUAUCGCGUGCGAUCUCAACCAAUUAGAAGAGCUUACACUCGAUCGAUGUGUUCACAUCACCGACAUUGGCAUUGGUUACAUUUCAACAAUGUUGUCUCUAUCUGCACUCUAUCUGCGCUGGUGUUCACAAAUUCGAGACUUUGGACUUCAGCAUUUAUGCGGAAUGAGAAAUUUGCAAAUACUAUCGUUAGCAGGGUGUCCAUUAUUGACUUCUAGUGGUUUAUCAAGUCUGAUUCAGUUACGACAUAUGAGAGAAUUAGAAUUAACAAAUUGUCCAGGGGCAUCAAAAGAACUUUUCGAUUAUUUGAGAGAACAUCUUCCGCGUUGCCUCGUUAUAGAAUAAGUGAACCACUUGUCCACUUGUUAUAUUUGAUACUAGAUUGUGCAAUAACACUCGAUUAUUUUACACACGGCUUUCUUGACCAAUCACAAAUUGACAGAAAAAUAACAACAGAUGGCGCCACACAAUGUGUUACUGAUCAAGAAAGCUGUGAUUUUACGGUUUAAUUCGGUAUCGUUCGUCACCUUGUCUCGUGUUUGAUUCGACUUUUCCCUAGUUUUAAUUUAGUUAAUGUGGUGUAAAUAAUGAGAAUAUGUUUCGCAAGUAAAUCAGAAUGAUAUUUUA